AUCAGUCCCAAAUGCCUGCAGAUCCCUCAUUGGAUUGCUGUGUUGUACACAGAGCUUUGUGAACAGCCCCGUGUCUUCAACUGGAAAGAAAGGAUCAAGAAAUAGUGAAAAAAGGAUUGUUGCUGAUCACACCUCGCUGGAGAGUACUUUCUCUUCUCUUCUCUCUGUCUCUCUCUGAUGUGGAAAGCUUCGGCAGGCCACGCUGUGUCCAUCACCCAGGAUGAUGGGGGAGCUGAUGACUGGGAAACUGACCCUGAUUUUGUGAACGAUGUAAGUGAAAAGGAGCAAAGAUGGGGCGCCAAAACCGUGCAAGGGUCUGGGCACCAGGAGCACAUCAACAUACACAAACUGAGAGAGAAUGUUUUUCAAGAACAUCAGACCCUCAAGGAGAAGGAACUUGAAACCGGACCAAAAGCCUCCCAUGGCUACGGAGGGAAGUUUGGCGUGGAACAAGACAGAAUGGAUAAAUCAGCAGUUGGCCACGAGUAUCAGUCAAAACUUUCCAAGCACUGUUCACAAGUCGACUCAGUCCGGGGAUUUGGAGGCAAGUUUGGCGUCCAGGUGGACAGAGUUGAUCAGUCCGCUGUAGGCUUCGAAUAUCAGGGGAAGACGGAGAAGCACGCCUCCCAGAAAGACUACUCAAGUGGUUUUGGUGGCAAAUACGGCGUGCAGGCUGACCGCGUGGACAAGAGUGCGGUGGGCUUCGAUUACCAGGGCAAGACGGAGAAGCACGAGUCACAGAAAGAUUACUCCAAAGGUUUCGGUGGCAAAUAUGGAAUUGACAAGGACAAAGUGGAUAAAAGCGCUGUCGGCUUUGAGUAUCAAGGCAAAACGGAGAAGCACGAGUCCCAGAAAGACUAUGUGAAAGGGUUUGGAGGAAAAUUUGGUGUGCAGACAGACAGACAAGACAAAUGUGCCCUUGGCUGGGAUCACCAGGAGAAGUUGCAGCUGCAUGAAUCCCAAAAAGAUUAUAAGACUGGUUUCGGAGGCAAAUUUGGUGUUCAGUCCGAGAGGCAGGACUCCUCUGCUGUGGGGUUUGAUUACAAGGAGAAACUGGCCAAGCACGAGUCCCAGCAAGACUACUCCAAAGGAUUUGGUGGAAAAUAUGGAGUACAGAAGGAUCGGAUGGAUAAGAAUGCAUCAACCUUUGAAGACGUUGCGAAGGUGUCCUCUGUUUACCAGAAGACUGUCCCUGUUGAAGCUGUGACCAGCAAAACAAGUAACAUCAGAGCCAACUUUGAAAACCUCGCCAAGGAGAAAGAACAGGAGGACCGGCGGAAGGCAGAGGCUGAGAGAGCACAGAGGAUGGCUAAGGAAAGGCAGGAGCAGGAGGAGGCCAGAAGGAAACUGGAAGAACAAGCCAGAGCCAAAAAGCAGACGCCCCCCGCUUCCCCCACUCCUCAGCCGGCUGAGGAGAGGCCGCCUUCAAGCCCUGUCUAUGAGGACGCAGUGCCGUUCAAGGCAGAGCCGAGCUACCAAGGUACUGCGAGUGAGCCGGAGCCUGUGUACAGUGUGGAGGCCACCGACUACCGAGAGGACAGCAGCCAGCAGGGCCUGGCCUACACCCCAGAAGCUGUCUACGAGACCACAGAGGCCCCGGGCCACUACCCAGCAGAGGAGAACACCUACGAUGAGUACGAGAACGACCUGGGCAUCACGGCCAUCGCCCUCUACGACUACCAGGCUGCGGGCGAUGACGAAAUCUCCUUUGACCCUGAUGACAUCAUCACCAACAUUGAGAUGAUCGAUGACGGCUGGUGGCGCGGGGUGUGCAAGGGCAGGUACGGGCUUUUCCCGGCCAACUACGUGGAGCUGCGGCAGUAGGGCGGCCCUCUGUCGGCCUGGACACCGGAGCCUGCGCCCGAUUCUCACACUACAAAUCAUGCCUUCUUGGGUUUCUGUUUGUUGUUUCUUUUCUUUUCUUUUCUUUCUUCUUCUUUUUUUUUUUGGAGAGUGGGGAGGGGAAUAUACAUAUUGCUUUUAUAUUUAAUACUUUUGCUGAUGCUUUUGAAAAUGUUUAUGCCACAGAAUUUGCUAAUAUAUUGUAAUCAUGUUCCUUAGGAAGAUUUUGGUAAUUGUUUUUAUGCAUUUAAGUAUUUUCUUUCUUUGCCAAAUCGACUGUCAUGUGCAGCCACUUCAGGGACCUGUAGUUCUUUUGAGGUCAGUAGUGCACGUUGUCCUUGUGCCCGUCUGUCGUGAGCAGCUGGCACUCCUCCAGGACAGACACGAGAUCUUUCACAUCAGCAUCUGCAGCUCCGGAGUGGCUACGUGGGUGUUGGGCCAGAAGGACUGUCCUGGUGAAGCAGUCUGGGUAUUGGAAGAAGAGGAAAAGGGCCCGAGAGAAAGUUAGAACGGAGCAAAUCGCUAGCUUCAGUGUCAGGUGGAGAGUCCUACACAUAUGGUACUGUGUGCCCACGGUAUUUGCCGACUUAGCAGAGAUCCUAGUCUCCAUACCUCCCCUGGGCUCUGUCACCAGGAGGGCAGUCACCUGCUGCUGCCUGGACGCAUGACUGAGCCCUUGAGUAUUCCCCUCCCCUGCUUGUCUCUGGCCCACGGGAGAGGCUCUGAGGUCUUACUGGGUAGGGUAAAGCUAGUGAUGACUGGCUACAGUCCCACCCCGAUGUAGCCCGGGAGUGUGUCGUUGUGUGACCAAACAGCCACUGAGCUGGGGGAAGGCAGGCGCCUUUUCUGCUGCGAACUGUCAGAAACAUUUUUCCCAGCAAGGGAGUCAUGCUUUUUAUUGCCAAAAUAUCAUGUUCAAUUACAGUAAAAUUUGAUCGGUUGACUUGGUGAGGAAUAGGAAGUGCAAACAAGUGAGUGCCCCCCCCCAAGGUGCCCUCAUGGGUGCAGUCAGCCACUCACCACAUGGGAAAACCCAUUUCCCUCCUGAGAGCCCAGGAGCCGGGACCAGCCUGGCCGUGUACACAGUCAGUGGACAGUGGUCUUCCCAGGAGACCAUGUAGAUGUCGCAGGUCCUGGGGACAGCUAGUUACUGUAAUGCAUGUGUUUUCUUUCCAAGUGCGUUUCUGCAUAAUCCUUGCUUUACCACAAUUAGGUUGGGUUUUAUAUGCAGUUUAUUGUAUCUCGAUUUCUGUAGCACACCUCAUAGGUAUAUGAUUUUUUUAAAUUAAAUAUUCAGAAUAAACUUUUUUUGAUCCA